AUUAGUUUUAGUAAACAAAGUGAGAAUAUAUAGAGAUAGAUAAAUGUAGAAGGAUUAGAGAAAGAGGGAGAAAGCCAUGGCCACUUCCCAACCAUGUGUGUCUUUGUGUGGUAUGAGCAGACCAGCUAGUCUGGUGCAAAAGGUUCGGAGGCCCCUGGAUGUGAGAGCUGAGAACUCUGCCGAUAAAGGGAAGUCCAUGAACAUCGUCGAUGCGAACAUGAGUGUCCUCAGAGAGAGAAUAUACAUAGCGACGAUGCACGAGAGGCUACAACAAUACUCCAGACGGGGCAAUGGAUGGAAUUAUCCAUCUAAUUACAAUUCUAAUCUCAAAAGAAAUCUCAUAUUAUCUCAGUCAUUAGAGAUUGCAAGAUUAGUAGUAGGGACUCUUGGUUUUACUUUCCUUACUGGCACUCUUUUCCUUUGCCUUGUUUCCCUUGUGCUUCAUUUGGGUCAAUGAACUUUCAUGUGUAAUUUUUUUUUUUAUCAUAGAUUACAUGUUAAGGAC